CCGACUGAGAGGGCCGGACUAGACCCGCCGAGGCAGGCGCGCGGCGGGCAGGCCUGGAGGGGGCGGGCCCACGCGGGCCUCCAAGCCGCCAGCCCCGCAGCGGAGAGGUCACGGCGUGAGGCCGCCGCCACAGUCGCCGCGAGGUCGGAGCGCCGGGCUGCACCAUGGCCUACUGCCGGCAGGAAGGGAAGGAUCGAAUCAUAUUUGUGACCAAAGAAGACCAUGAAACUCCAAGCAGUGCGGAGCUGGUGGCCGAUGACCCCAAUGAUCCUUACGAGGAGCACGGACUGAUCCUGCCCAACGGAGACAUCAACUGGAACUGCCCGUGCCUGGGGGGCAUGGCCAGCGGCCCGUGUGGGGAACAGUUCAAGGCGGCCUUUUCCUGCUUCCACUACAGCACAGAGGAUGUCAAGGGGUCGGACUGUAUAGACCAGUUCCGGGCCAUGCAGGAGUGCAUGCAGAAGUACCCGGACCUCUAUCCCCAGGAGGAGGAGGAGAAGCCAGCGGAUCAAUUAGAGGAAACGGCUGUCUCUGAAGCCACCACAACCAAAGAAGAGGAGGGGUCUAGCUAAUGAGGGCCCUGGGCACUGGGCUCCAGCCUCCUUCAGAGAGGAUGAACCUCUCCAAGAAAGUAUCUCUCCCUCUGUAGUUCUGUGCACUGUAAUGUACAAAAUAACUUAUUGAGUUGAUCAGGGGUCUUGGCCCCUUGACAUGUACACUGAAAUAUGGGUUGUAUGUAUGUGUGUCUCACAUAACCUGUCAGUGAAUGUAGCUGCCACUUUUUUUUUUUUUUUUUUGCGGUAUGCGGGCCUCUCACUGCUGUGGCCUCUUCCGUUGCGGAGCACAGGCUCCGGACGUGCAGGCUCAGCGGCCAUGGCUCACGGGCCCAGCCGCUCCGUGGCGUGUGGGAUCUUCCCGGACCGGGGCACAAACCCGUGUCCCCUGCAUCAGCAGGCGGACUCUUAACCACUGCCACCAGGGAAGCCCUAGCUGCCACUUUUGAAUUCUCAGAUUGUCCUGAAUUUUGCCAUUUUGAAAUAAUGUUCUGAAUAAUCUCAGCAACCAAAAAUCUUUAUCUGGGAGUGUCUCUUGUGAGUGAGCUGAUUUAUUCUGAUUCAUUGUAUCCCUUUUAGUAGAUUUUAUACCCAGUUGGAAAGUGAAAUAGACACAAACAUCUUCCUUUAAAAAUGCUGGAGGGGGGGCAUUCCUUAUAGAAGAGGUGGGAUGAUCAGACCUUGAGUAUUUGACGAAGCACUAUGCUUCAUUUCUGAUAUAUUUUGGUUUCCAGUUUGCAUUGAGCUCCAGGUUUUCUACGUUUGGAAAACAGAGCUUUGGACCCUCUGAGUGACCCCCUUUGUAAGUGAAGAGAAAGGCCAUUUUUUUCUCUUCUUGUUACCCCAAAAGCCCUGCUUUGGGGUCUGUGUGCACACUGGCUCUGUCUCAGCCUGUUCAGAUGCAACGGUCUUGAGAGGUGGGGACCUAAUCAUUACCAAAGUAGCACCUGACAGAGGAAACAGUGUCAAUUAAAAGGAAAACAUGA